AGGAUGAAGGGUGGAAAUUAAACAGAACCAACUACUAUCAAGAAGGAUGGUUAGCUACCAGCAAUGUUCGUGGCAUCGUGGGAGUUACCUUUACUACCAGUCACUGCAAGAAGAACGUUGAAUAUCCUCUUCGCACUAAUUAUAACUUAAGAGGCCAUAGAUCUGAGGUUAUUUUGGUGAGAUGGAACGAACCCUAUCAGAAACUGGCGUCAUGUGACAGCUUUGGAAUCAUUUACAUUUGGAUUAAAUACGAAGGGCGAUGGUCAAUAGAGCUAAUCAACGACAGAAAUACACCAGUGACCCAUUUCUCGUGGUCGCAUGAUGGUCGAAUGGCUCUCAUAUGCUAUCAGGAUGGUUACGUUCUAGUAGGUUCAGUAGCCGGACAAAGAUACUGGUCAUCAAUGUUAAAUCUGGAUUCAACAAUAACAUGCGGGAUUUGGACUCCUGAUGAUCAACAAGUUUACUUUGGAACGACUUCUGGUCAAAUAAUUGUGAUGGACGUUCAUGGUGCUAUGGUUUCGCAAGUGCAACUGAGCUCUGAAGUUGGAAUUACUUCGAUGGCAUGGUCUUGUGAGAAAUUUAAAAUGGAGGAAGGGGAUGAUGCUGAUGGUGGGGUUGUGAAUUCUGCCGAUAGAAAAUUUGUAUUAGCAGUGGGACUACAAAACGGUUCCAUUUACCUUUUGUCAACGUUCGAUGAUGUUUCUCCAAUUCAAAUUAACACUGGUCUGCAAGGCCCUUUGUGCAUGGAAUGGAGUAAUUCCAGAGAAUUCCUGGCAGUGGGUGGUAUUACGGGCGAAUUUAAAACACUCGGUAGCCAGAUCGAAUACACCAAUGUACUGAAGUUUUAUAAUGAGAGAGGACAACUUUUGUAUUCUACUGUUCUGCCAGAUCGACAGGCAAGAGUUUCUACAUUAACGUGGGGCCAUAACGACAAAAGAUUAUUCCUGGCUACUGGAACACAAAUUCAUAUCGCAUGGAUAUCUAAGAGAAUUGCAUCAUUACAAUUACUUUGCAGACUGAGAAUACACGAAUUGAUAAAAAAUGAGAAGCAGUUGACACAGUUGCCCUUACCAGCCCGCUUGGGAAAUAUAAUUGGAAAUCUAUUUGCUCAGACUAUUAGGUGUUGUGUACCAGAAACAUUAGCUUUAAGAGAAUUCGUAUCACGUCCACCAGUCGGUUCUGUUCGUUUGCAUUGUACAAUGAUCCGACACGACGAAGAAACCAAUCUGUCUUCUGGUACUUGUUAUACAUUAUAUUUGGAAUAUUUGGGUGGGUUAGUGCCUUUAUUAAAGGGAAAAAGAACCAGUAAAAUUCGACCAGAAUUCGUUAUAUUCGACCCUCAAGAAGAUUAUUUAGUUAGUUCCCCCGAAUCCAAAAGCUCAUCAUCAUCAAGCAAUUCAGCGAGCGCAGGCGGUGCCACCACUGAUUCAUCCGAGAGCGAACGGGAAGAUGGAUGUACGAGUUCACCGAGAAUGCAAAGAAAACGAAAAAGAAAACAUAAAAACCACUUUAGUAGUUACACUCAUAACGAAAGACAUUCAUAUCAAAGAACCGAGCAAGAUUCUGAGCACGAAGAUCUGUCGUAUGUUGAUACUUUGCCAGAACAAAUCCGUCUAGUUGAAGUAACUUCCAACAUUUGGGGUACCAAAUUUAAAAUUCACGGCCUAGCGAAUUCCGUUCCGAGCAACCUAGGUCAGGUCACGUACAAAACGUCUUUACUUCAUCUUCAGCCGCGACAGAUGACCUUGGUCAUGACCGAGCUCAGCGAUGAUUUUCCCAUCAUUCCUGAUCCGAAUUUUAAUCCGAAUCUAUUCUCCGAAGAUGAAGACGAUACAGCUCAAUUGGAAGAGAUCAAAGCGACGACUCCGUUUGACAAUUGCCCUCCGAUAGCACCUAUUGCUUCGAGAAGACCAAUUGUGAGCAAGCAGAAAGGUCCAUAUUUGAUUCCGGAGAAUACAAUAAGAAAAUCAGAUGCACCAAAUACAUUUACAAAAGAGCCUUAUGAAGAGUCAGAAACUCACUUAGACCUAAAUAAGUUACCUAGUGUAAGUACCGAUGUCCGUCCUCAAAACUCUAAGAACACACACCAUAGUACACAACUUAAUUUGCGUCCAAACAGCUCUCAAAAUACGAGCUUUAUUGGUCAGUUCAUUCAAAAUGGAGGGCAAAAUGGCGGCAACCAGCGACACGCCAUUUCUCCGAUCUGUUGCGAGGUAUCCGUUCCUGCUUUACAGUCGCCCAAAAACGCGGUCGCACCAAGCGACAUAAUGUUCGACAGACCUCCCGCUUCAACGCUGAUGUCAUAUUCGACAGAUUACCCCACCACUAAUUCACUCCAAGUCAAAUCAGCCAUAGAGCACAAAAACGAAGUGUCGAUAAAUUGUAAUCAUAAUAGCGAGAAUCAAAAAGUCGUUUUCCUUAAAAAAAUAGAAGAGAAUGAGCAGAAGUCUGUGAUCAAUGAUUUUAAGCAAACUACGUUAACUGAAGAUGAGAAACUCACGUCAGGACCUUCUACGUCUAGAAGAUUUCCAGUUCAGUCUGCUUCGUUUUUGCUCGAUCCAAUGGUGCGAAGUUGUAGUGUCGGAUUUCUAGAUAUGGUGGACAGACAACUAGUUCCUAGCGACGAAACAUUAUCUUUACUCCACAAAGACAUUCCUAAGCGCCUAGUAUUGGUAGAUAAAAAAGGAAAAAAUAGAAGACCAAACCGUCUAAAUUCAAAGCAAUUUGGACAACUCUCUAAAAAUUCCGAAAUUAAUCCUAAGCUUAAAACUUACGGCAAAUCCAAAAGCCUUGAUUCUAGUGAUAUUUUUCCAAACCACGAAAAUAGUAUUAAUGUAGUUAUAAAGAAGAAGAAAGAAAAAGACAUUCCGGAGAUAGAAGUGAUGGAAGAAAUUCAUUUGGAAACGGAAAUAAAUAAAGCACCCGUAAAGGAUGAUAAAAUUAAAAAUAACAACAAGAAAAAUAACAGGAGGGAUUUCUUUUCUUCACCGUUGCUCAGAAGAAAGAAAACCGAUAUUAAUAACGAUAAGAAUAGAGGAAGAAACAACCAGAAGAAAAAUAACGUUAAUCAGAGUAAAGAAAUUAAUAAUGAGAAAAACGGAGUAGCUAUUCACACUCAAGCACUAGCGAAUUUAGAAAAAUUAAUUACUAGGUUGAGAGAAGAUGAUAGUAAAUCAAACACUAGUUCUCCAAAGUUGCCUAGAAGCUCACCUUCUUCUCCAGCUCCUAGUAAAAAAGGUAUGCGGCCUCAAUCAGCGUCACCUAUUAGAAAGAAAUUUUUGAAUUCUCCUUUAUUGGGAAGAAAGAACAAAAAGAAUAAAUAUCAGGAGAGUUCUGAUGAUGAAGUGAAUGCGUCUGGUGAUGAAAUUUUUAAUGGUACGAAUUACAAGGAUCUGGAAACCUUCCAAAAAUCUCAGUUACGACAAAAGCUCAAAAGAGGAAAAAUAGAACCAAACGGAAGCAGCUGCAACAACCAGGUGAUUCCACAAAGAAGGGAAUUCGUAAUGCAUAACAAAGCACCGAUGUGGAACGAAAACAACCAAGUAUAUCAACUGGAUUUUGGCGGAAGAGUUACCCAGGAGUCGGCUAAGAAUUUUCAAAUCGAAUUUAGAGGAAAACAGGUGAUGCAAUUUGGUCGAAUAGAUGGAAACGCGUACACUUUAGAUUUCCAAUAUCCUUUUUCUGCCCUUCAAGCAUUUGCAGUGGCUUUAGCUAAUGUUACACAGAGACUUAAAUAAAUUGUUUUUGUUUUAAACGUGCCAAUUUUCGAUAUUAACUUCUUUAAAAUUAUUGAGCUAUUUCUG